AUGCCACGUCCAGAAAAAAGUAUCGUCAAUCCACUCCAAGGCCCACCAUUCACCGACCACACUGGUCGGCGAGCUAUAUCAGCGUACUGGGGCAAGCGACCGCGCGCAGACGCACCCAUCCUGCCGCCACAAUGGUCAUUCCAAUUCUACGUCACCUCCGGCGCCACCACAGACUCAGCUCCGGAGCUACCAGAACGACUCUUGGCCGCCACUAGGAAGCCGGUACUCGAUUCAUAUCCCAUCCGCUUGGACGUAAUCUUCAUGCCUGGCGCAGACACCAACGAAUUGCUCGAUGCGUACCACGAGGGCAGAGCUCACUUCAACCUCCUCGUGCAGGUUGAGGCGGAAGACUGGGAGAUCGUAGGAGCUACUGUCGUCUCUUUCGACCUCAAAUCCGACUACCAUGACGAGGCCGAGCCUUCGACGAAUAUCGAGCGUAACGUACAGUGGGGAGAUCUCAAAGCUGCAUCAGGCCGCGGAGUGGCCGAAACGAGGUUUGUGGGCGAACUCCUUCACGACACGGCCGGUGCGUCGGGCCAAGAUGAGAUGAAUAACGCUUAUUACGAGAAGUUGGAGCAAGGACGGUCGGAUUGGGCUUGA